AAAAAGAAAGAAAAAAAAUAUAUAUAUAUAUAUUUUUUAUAUUUCACUCUGUUUAUCCUCUCUGGAAUAAGAGACCAGAGAUAGACUGAGAGAGAGAGAGAGAGAGAGAGAGAGAGAACCAACCAACGGCAUCGACUUUUCAAAUUGAAAGCUUCCGGUUCUCUACUCUCGAAUGGUAUAAUUAACUAUCUGCUUCAACCUACUCGUUUUCGACAAUGGCUAUCGGGAGCUUGAUUUCUAGCCGGAAUUUCGGUUCUUUUAUCGGCUCAGGCAAAGUUUGUCAAACGGAGCAAUCUAUUUCAUAUGGUAAGGGAGAGCGAUCAGGAAUAGCUACUGCAACAUUUGCACAUCGGAGCAUCUUCUAUCAAAAGUUUCACAGCCGAAUGGCCAUUGCUUUUACUUCUAGAUUCUCAUGUUCCCCAUCAAUUCAGCAAAGAAGUGUAGGAAGAUGUGAGUGUUUUUCAUGUUACUCUGUUGGUAAUUGGAGUCAGCUGAGCAGACGGCAAUGCCUGCAUAUUGAGUAUGUUAAGGUCAAUAGAAUGCGUGCUUACUAUAAAUCUGAAGAAUAUGACAUAACAGAAGCUGCUGUGGACUCAUUGAAGUCAGCUGAGGGUUCAGCUGAGGCUGUGUUAGUUGAAGGAAAUCUACAAGAAACUUCACCAUGGUGGCAGCAGUUUCCAAAACGCUGGGUGAUUGUGCUGCUCUGUUUUAUGGCAUUUCUAUUAUGCAACAUGGACCGUGUAAACAUGAGCAUUGCAAUACUUCCAAUGUCACAAGAGUUUAAUUGGAACAGCGCAACAGUUGGUUUAAUUCAGUCCUCAUUUUUCUGGGGCUACCUUAUGACUCAGAUCAUUGGAGGCAUUUGGGCAGAUAAACUAGGUGGAAAGUUAGUCUUGGGGUUUGGAGUGGUCUGGUGGUCUGCUGCUACGAUUUUGACUCCUAUUGCUGCAAGACUUGGAUUACCUUUUCUGCUGAUGAUGCGUGCUUUCAUGGGAAUUGGUGAGGGUGUUGCUAUGCCUGCUAUGAAUAACAUUCUUUCUAAGUGGAUUCCAGUGUCAGAGAGAAGCAGAUCACUUGCCUUGGUUUAUAGUGGCAUGUAUCUAGGUUCUGUCACAGGAUUGGCCUUCUCUCCUAUUCUAAUCCAUAAAUUUGGGUGGCCUUCUGUCUUCUAUGCAUUUGGCUCCCUGGGAAGCAUCUGGUUUGCUUUAUGGCUAAGAAAGGCAUAUAGCUCACCGAAGGAUGACCCAGAUCUCUGUGCAGAGGAAAAAAAACUAAUCUUGGGGGGCAGCACAGCAAAGGAACCUGUUUCUGUUAUUCCUUGGAAAUUAAUAUUAUCAAAAGCACCUGUUUGGGCGCUUAUUGUUUCUCACUUCUGCCAUAAUUGGGGAACCUUUAUUCUACUAACAUGGAUGCCUACAUAUUACAAUCAGGUUUUGAAGUUUAACCUCACUGAAUCUGGACUAUUCUGUGUGUUGCCAUGGUUAACCAUGGCUGUUUUUGCAAAUAUUGGAGGAUGGAUUGCUGACACACUUGUCAGCAAAGGUCUUUCCAUAACUGCAGUUCGAAAGAUCAUGCAAUCAAUUGGGUUUUUAGGACCAGCCUUCUUUCUGACUCAGCUGAGUCAUGUUAGGACCCCUGCCAUGGCUGUACUGUGCAUGGCAUGCAGUCAGGGAUCUGAUGCGUUCUCCCAGUCUGGUCUAUAUUCCAAUCACCAAGACAUUGGCCCCCGUUAUGCUGGAGUUCUCUUAGGACUAUCAAAUACUGCUGGAGUGCUUGCUGGUGUCUUUGGCACUGCUGCAACCGGCUACAUUCUCCAGAGAGGUUCUUGGGAUGAUGUGUUUAAGGUGGCUGUAGUAUUGUACAUCAUAGGCACAUUAGUGUGGAACAUCUUUUCCACUGGAGAGAAAAUUCUUGACUAGAUCGAAAGUUUCUGGAAUGGGGUGAGGAUGCUCUGCAUAAUCAAAGAUGCAGUUUACAUAGCUAAAGGAGAUCCAAGCAUAAAGAAACAGAAGUACUUACAAAAGAUGAAAAAGAAAAAAAAAUAAAAGAACAAUCCACAUAGAGUGAAAACAUUGCUGAGACAAUUAAAAGCUAAGAAGCUCUGCUCGAAGUUAUGCCGCCAACCUUUAGGCCCUUGAUUAGCUCAGACCAUUUUGGGUUGGCUUUAAAUGACCUUUUCUAUCACUUGUAUGUCCUCUUGUUUUCUUUUGCUUGUCAAGAAAGUUGUCCUUUCACUUUCGUUUACCUGCUUUUCUGUGUAGAUAAAAUGGGGAAUUGCAGCUAUGCUGUUAAUAUAUGCUUUAUGUAUAGUUCAUCAUCCA